UUUUCUAAUUCUUUUUCGCGUCGGCAGUGUCGACACAUAUUACAGCGUUCUCUGUUGGCGUAUCGUGUAAGCGCUUCGCUGCAAACUCCGAAUUGCUCCGAAUCGGUGUCCACAGUCCACAACGAUCUUUCAGGUAGUUAAAAGCGAGGAGCAUUUAAUAAGAUCUCUCCCCCUAGAGGACAAAAAUUGUAUAAAAUAUUGGUGCUCAUUGCUGCUAAAAAAGUUAGGUACACGAGGCGACAGAAUGAAUCAUUUACAUACGGUUUUACUCCUGUUCAUUGUUGCGAUGGACAUUUCCGUCGCAGAGUUUUCAGCGGACGAUUGCAAGAUGCUAGGAUUCAAUAAAGCCAACGUGCUCUGCUCGACUUGUGAACAUUUUGCCAAAUCUGAUCUAGAAAAGAUUUAUGCUACAUGUAAGGAAUGUUGCCUAAAGGACAACGAUUACGAUUUGUCUGGAUCGAAACGCUAUCCUAAGGCUGUCCUCGAAGUGUGCACGUGCAAAUUCGGGCAAUAUCCGCAAAUACAAGCCUUCAUCAAAAGCGACCGACCGAAAAAAUAUAAGAACCUCAGCAUAAAGUAUGUAAGAGGUUUAGAUCCGAUCAUCAAGUUGUACGACGCGGAAAAUAAGGUUGAAGAUGUACUCGACAUACACAAGUGGGAUACAGACUCUGUAGACGAAUUUCUGUCGACCCAUCUUUCUAAGGAUUAAUAAAAUUAGGAAAUAUAUUGCAUUAAUA